AAAAAAUUAUUCCAAAAAAAGAACUUAAAGCUUCUCCUCUUUGCUAGCUUCCAGUGAAAUACCUCUGAAUCACACUAAAACACACACACACACACUCUCUCUCUCUCUCUCUCUCUCUCUAAAACAAAGAAUGGAGAAGGGAAAGCACAUAGGUUCACAGCAGCUAAUUCCAUCCGUCUUUUCCGGAAAAGAAACAAAUGUACCUACACCUGCUGCAAGUAAUGAUGUUGUUAUGAGGAAGAUAGAAAAUCCACUCGUAGAUGGAUCACAGACCUAUGAGUGGACUUCAAGGGUGAAGCACGAGGACAAGAAGAGUGGCAGUUACGAGCGAUAUACCACAAAGGAAAAGGCCUCCAAGGGUGAUCUUUAUGUGGAGAAAGGAACCGGACAAGUUGGCGUCAAGGACGAGUUCAAGAAGAGCUCAACCAUCAGGGUUGGUGACAAAACUGGUUACACUGAGUACCACACUGAGCACAGGGUUCGAGAUGUCAACUAUGGCAAGAGCACCAGCACCAAAUAUGAUUCGGACUCUGACUAUGGUUGUGGCUACGAUGACAGUGAUGAUGAUGAUUACUACUAUUAGGGUCUGAAAAUUCUAUUGUAUGCAUUCCUUAUGACCCAUACUAUUAUGGAGUGUUUGCUAAGUUCUUUCUGGGUUGUUAUGUGUGCUUUUAUUUUAUUAUUAUGGUAGUUCCUUCCUAGUAAAUAACUUUCUUUUCCUUAUGGUAUUUCUAAGUACUCUGUCUGUUUCCACUGUGAUCCUUCAAGUUUCCUCAUUGAUGUACUUGAAAUUUUAAGCAGCUACCAUUUGUAGAUGGUUAAAUGUUGUGCUAGUUUUAAAAUGCCUCUUUGUAAGAUUAUUUGACUGCUUGGUCUAUAUCUAAUAUAAUGCUGUUGUUAUUACUA